AUACCAAACGUGUUCGAUGUUUAACGCCUCCAUAGGGUUUGAUUUGAAUCUCCGUAGUCCGCCCCUUUAAUUUUGAAUAGAGCUCCGGACCGUUUACCUUCUCUUCACCAAACUCUCUCUCUACUUUUGCUUUGCGUUUGCAGAUCUCUCUCUCUCUCUCUCUCUCUCCGACAUUUUUAUCAUUUUUGAAUCUUCGAACUGUGAACAGUCCCGAUCGCAGCAUCGACUUUCUCUCUCUUUGGAUUUUCUGCAUGCCACUCCUCGAAGCUCACUUCCUCCGUGGGGCUGUCUUGCGAAACGGUUGCUAUCACCAAUUCUUAAGGAGAUUAUAAUGAUUUGGAAGAUAUACAGUGGAGCUAAUUGUUGUCGAGUGGGGAUUGGGGUAUGCAGCUUUAUUUUUCUGUUGAAAAACUAUGGAAGGUGACAGGUCAAUUUCUACUCCUUCAGAUGGUCUUGGUGAUGGUUUUCAGAAAAUUCGAGCUCUACAUGGGAGGACCAGUGGGCCUACAAGGCGUUCUACUAAAGGACAAUGGACACCUGAAGAGGAUGAGGUCUUGCGAAGGGCUGUUCAGCGGUUUAAAGGAAAGAACUGGAAAAAAAUAGCGGAGUGUUUCAAGGAUCGUACUGACGUACAAUGCCUCCAUAGAUGGCAGAAGGUCUUGAAUCCAGAGCUUGUCAAAGGUCCCUGGUCUAAAGAGGAGGAUGAGAUAAUUAUUGAAUUGGUGAACAAAUAUGGGCCAAAAAAGUGGUCCACAAUUUCUCAGCAUUUACCUGGACGUAUUGGUAAGCAAUGUCGGGAAAGGUGGCAUAAUCAUCUUAAUCCUGCUAUAAACAAAGAAGCAUGGACCCAAGAAGAAGAGUUGGCUUUAAUUCGUGCUCAUCAGAUUUAUGGGAACAAAUGGGCAGAGCUAACAAAGUUUUUGCCAGGAAGGACAGACAAUUCUAUAAAAAAUCAUUGGAACAGUUCUGUGAAAAAGAAAUUGGAUUCUUAUUUGAAGUCAGGUUUACUUGCACAGUUCCAGGGCCUGCCUCAUGUUGGACAUCAAAACCAACCUAUGGUUUCAUCUUCUUCGAGAAUGCAGAGCAGUGGAGAUGAUAGUGGUCAUAAAGGGACUGAGGCAGAGGAAAUUUCAGAAUGCAGUCAGGAUUCAACAUUUUCUGGUCGAUUUCCUUCUUCAAAUGACAUGGCCAGUGUGGUGCUAUGUACAAGAAAGGAAUUUCAGGGGACUAACAAUUCUGGUCUAGGAAAGGAUCCAAACCCCAGUUCAGCAUCUUGUUCUGUACCAUAUUAUCCAUCAGUAGAAGGUUCUGCCUUUUCUGUUCCAGAAAUAUCUCCAGAAAUAGGUUCAGCUGCCAAAUUUCUUGAGCAGGGUUUCCCACAUGAUGCUGAAACAUCUAUCAGUGGGGAUAUCCAGUUCAAUUUAGAUGAGUUACCUAAUAUUUCUUCACUAGAAUUGGCAUGUGAACGGUCAGGAAUUCCAACACACUGUUUAGGUUCUGAUGUAAGACAAGGGGAGAAUGUUCAAUUUCAAACUUCUGAAGGGUUAAGUGUUUCUACUUCCAUGGGGACUAUGCCCUUGAGUUCUAAUAAACCAGCACACAUGCUGAUAUCUGAUGAUGAGUGUUGCACUGUGUUAUUUUCAGAAGCAAUGAAUAAUAGAUGCUUUUCCUCAAAAACUCUGGCAAAAGGUUCAGACUUUGUUGGUUUGGGUGGAUGCACAGGUUCAUUACUUAGUCACUCAUCAAACAUUCCUAUGUCCGAAGCCAGUGGGACUGCAGCUACACAAUUGUAUUGUCCUUCAAACUCUAAUGCGACGGGAACUUCAUGCUCUCAAACAUUUCAUCCCACUGUGAUUUCUGCUAAUGAUCGUCCACUUAUAUUUGGUGGUGAAUCGAAUCAUUUAUUUGGAACACAAGAAUAUGAGUAUAUCAUUAGUUCCGAUGAUGGCUUUGUUUUUGCCAAUGACUGUGCCAAUUCUCCUUGCAAUGAUGGUACAGAUGCAAUAGGACUCCACGAGCAAUCGGACACAUUGAAGGAUUCUUCUAAAUUAGUACCUGUAAAUACAUUUAGUUCAAGAUCAGACACACAGACAUGUCCCAUGGAUAGAAGACCAGACGAGCUCAGGGAACAGAAAGAUACAGGAGCUCUGUGCUAUGAACCUCCUCGUUUUCCUAGUUUGGAUGUUCCAUUUUUUAGCUGUGAUCUUGUACAAUCUAGUAGCGAUAUGCAGCAAGAAUAUAGUCCCCUUGGUAUCCGCCAGCUGAUGAUGUCUUCCAUGAACUGUCUUACUCCAUUUAGGUUAUGGGAUUCUCCAACUCGAGAUAAUAGCCCUGAUGCUGUGCUGAAAAGUGCUGCUAAAACUUUUACAGGUACACCAACCAUUUUGAAGAAACGACACCGGGAGUUAUUCUCACCAUUGUCAGACAGAAGAUGUGACAAAAAGCUAGAUACUCAUGUUACCUCUAGUUUGAUGAGAGAUUUUUCUCGUUUGGAUGUCAUGUUUGAUGACAGUGGGAGUCAUAAAGCACCUUCCGUUUCUCCAUCUUGUUGUCAAGAUGGGAAUACUAGGAACUCUGCAGCCUCUGCUGCCGAUAAAGAAAACCAGGGUCAUCUCACUCCAGAGAGAUUGAAAAAAGGGAGUGAUAGUACUGAAAUUUCUGAUGGUAGUAUCCCAGAGAAAGAUGUUGAAGAUAGUGAAUCCCAGGAAAAGACAAAGCAUGGAGUUGUUGAUGUUGAUGCUAAGACCAAGAUUGAUGCUGGUCCUACUUCCGAAAUAGAAGAAAUGCCUUCUGAAAUUCUUGUCGAACAUAACAUCAAUGAUCUUCUAUUAUAUUCACCUGAUCAAGUUAAUCUUAAAGCUGAAAGAGCAUUGGGCUCAGGCAUGAAAACUCCAAGGAAUCAGUACCACAAAAGCUCUGAACCUACAUCAAAUCAAUGCGUUGGCCAAACCUCAGCUGAGAGACAAUGUGCAUCUGUCUGCUCCCCUUCUAUAAGUGGGAAGAAGCUUGUAAGUUGUUCAGUUGCGGAGACAUGUGUACGAUCUGAUUCUUCACUGAUCCUCCCAGAGAUGAUGGGUUGUAAUGCUGGUAGUGAUGCCACAACUGAAACUAUUAGCAUGUUUGGGAGUACUCCGUUCAAAAGAAGUAUCGAAUCCCCUUCAGCAUGGAAGUCUCCUUGGUUUAUCAACUCUUUCUUACCUUGCCCGAGGAUUGACACCGAGAUAACUAUAGAGGAUUUUGGCUAUUUUAUGAGCCCAGGUAAUAGAAGCUAUGAUGCCAUUGGGUUGAUGAAACAGGUAAGUGAGCAAACUGCUGCUGCAUAUGCCAAUGCUCAGGAGAUAUUGGGAGAUGAAACGCCUGAAACAUUGUUCCAAAGACGUACAAGCCAUGAGAGACGGGAUCAGGAGAACAAUCAUGUACGACCAAACCAGCUUCAGAGCCAUUCCCAUUUGCCACAAAAUAUUUUGACGGAGCGUCGUACCCUUGACUUCAGUGAAUGUGGGACUCCUGGGAAAGGAAUAGAACAUGGGAAAUCAUCAACUUCUGUUAGCUUUUCGAGUCCCUCGUCUUAUUUGUUGAAAGGUUGCAGAUGACAGUGUAUUAUUAAAACUAUCUGCUGUCAUAUUUGUUAUCAAUAUAUGUAUGCUUCUUCUUUCUUUCCCAUUUUUGUUUUUUGUUGGUGUUUUUCCAUCUUCAUGUUGUUAUAGCGGCUGUAUUCCAGUUCAUUAAUUGAAUAGAAAAUUGUUCUAUUCUUCA